AUGUCAACAGAAACUAAGCCACCCGCCAACCCGCGCCACUGGGCCGGCGGGAUAGACCAGUACCUCGCCGACAACAACAUCACCUGCACCUCGGCAACGCCCAUAGAGGCCGGCACGUCCUGCUACAUCUGGCGACUGGACGGCUUCUCGCACCCCGACCAUCCGCCCGGCGAGCCGGCCGUGCUGAAGUGCGCCGACAGCACCCCCAAGUUCAGCGACGACGCCGUCUCGCCCGCCCGGCUGUCCACCGAGGUCCGCGCGCUGACGUGCCGCGCCGUGGCGGAGGCGUCGCGCGCGGAGCCGAGCGUGCGCGUGCCGAGCGUGUUGAGGACCACGGAGAACGGCUUCGUCAUGUCCUGGGCCGGGGACGUGAACCUGCUCGACGCCUUCCGGAGCAAUCCCGCACUGGACAUGGCGGACAUCGGCGCGCGGAUCGGCGCGUGGCUGGGCCGUCUACAAACUGCGGGCGCCGCUGAAGGGCCCUCCGGCUUCGAGCUCGUCAACCCGGAGCUGGGCCGGUUUUACAACCCCGGCGGGUUCAUGGACAAGCUGGUCCAGUCCGUGGUGACGGACGGCGACGAGAGCGACAGGAUCCUGGCCGCGCUGCGGGGGACGGAGUCGGCGCGCACGCUGACGGCGUGGGAUUUCCGGCCGAUGAACGCCCUCCUGCGCUUCUCGGGCGGCCCCGACCGCGGCGGCACAGCACCAGACAUCUACAUCGUGGACUGGGAGCUCGCGCAGUUCGGCGAGGCCGCGGGGGACGUGGGCAUGUGGUGCGUCGAAGCCAUGGUGCUGGAGGGCAAGCACGGCGACAGGGGCCUGCUGCGGUCGUUCCUGACGGCGUACAGGCAACACGCGGCGGCGGGGAUCGUGGACGAGGCGUUUGUGCGCAAGCUCGCCAUGGUCGUCGGCGUCAUGUUGGUGUACUUCAUGCGCAUCGCGCCGCGGCUCUGGGGCAGCACGGAGGAGGAGGUGGCCGGUUGGAAGGGGGCCGCUGUGGAGUUUCUGAGGGCGGGCGCCGAGGGGGACUUGGGGUGGUUGAGGGGGAGUCUGAUAGGGGUUGUUUGGGGGUGA